AUGCCAACGAGUUUCCUCGGCAGUGCCCUCCGGGGCACCUUCUUCUUCAUCUUUGGCCUCUGGUGGUCAGUGAGGUACCCCCUGAGGUAUCUCCGGCACAAAGCAGGGGCUGAGAGCCAGCCUGGCCAUGGCACCCACCGCGUGGAGGUCCUGGAAGGGAUGGUCAAAGCUUUCUUUGCUCUAGCAGGCAUCUUGGUGGAGCAAUUUGUGCCCACGGGUCCCCACCUGCAGCUCUACAGCCCCAAGACUCACGGCUGGGUGGGCCUCACCCCCUGGCAUUACACCACCAUCUACUUCUUCUUCCUCCUCUCUGGCCUCGUGGACGUGGCCUCACACUCCCCCCUCAAGCUGCCCCUGGGCUUGGACAGGCUCUCGCUGGCCCUGGCUCUGCUGGUUGAAGGUUUGCUCUUCUGCUUCCACGACUACAGUGAUGCUGUGCUGGAUCAGCACCUGCAUUCCCUGCUGGUCCUGGCUGUCUUUGCUGGAGCCCUCUGUGCCCUGCUCGAGGUGUUCCUCCGUGACCACAUCAUCCUGGAGACCUUCAGGACCAGCUCCUUCCUUCUCCAGGGCUCUUGGCUCUGGCAGAUUGGGUUUGUGCUGUCCCCUCCGUGGGGAGGACCAGGCUGGGAUCAGACUGACAGCAGCAACGUGGCCUUCCUCACCAUGUGCUUCUGCUGGCACUAUGCAGGCAUCCUGGCUGUCCUGGCAGCAAACGCUGCUGCGUCUCGCUGCUGCAACGAGUCCUGCCAGCUGAAGUUUGGGGACAUCGACGUGGAGCUGGACUGCGGCGUCUGCCUGCGCGGCCAGAGGGGCUCUGAGGGGGCCCUGCUGCCAGAGAGCACCUUGGAGGACAAAUGA